AUGUCGGGGUCCGAAUGGGGGUCGCUGGAGCGGUGUUUGGAGAAGCACCUGCCGCCCGCUGACCUGCGGGAGGUGAAACGCAUCCUCUAUGGCAAGGAGACCAGGAAGCUUGAGCUGCCCAGCUCAGCCCUGGACACAGCCUCUGCAGGGGACUUUGAACUGCAGGGCUAUGCCUUCGAGGCGACCAGAGAGCAGCUGAGACCGCCACGCACCGUGCGUGUGGGGCUGGUGCAGAACAGGACACCCCUCUCCACGGAUGCCCCGGUGGCUGAUCAGGUCUCUGCCCUUCACAGACGCAUCGAGACCAUAGCAGAGGUGGCCGCCAUGUGCAAGGUCAACAUCAUCUGCUUCCAGGAAGCUUGGACUAUGCCCUUUGCUUUCUGUACGAGAGAGAAGCUUCCGUGGACGGAAUUUGCCGAGUCAGCAGAGGAUGGACCCACUACCCGAUUCUGCCAGAAGCUGGCCCAGAAACACGACAUGGUGGUAGUGUCUCCCAUCCUGGAGCGGGAUGCUGCACACGGGGACAUCUUAUGGAACACGGCUGUGGUGGUCUCCAACUCAGGCACUGUCCUGGGGAAAACGAGAAAGAACCACAUCCCCAGAGUGGGUGACUUCAACGAGUCCACUUACUACAUGGAGGGAAACCUGGGCCACCCCGUGUUCCAGACCCAGUUUGGGAGGAUCGCAGUGAACAUCUGUUAUGGGCGACACCACCCCCUCAACUGGCUCAUGUACAGUGUCAACGGGGCUGAGAUCAUCUUCAACCCAUCAGCCACCAUUGGAGCACUCAGGUCAGUAUCCCAGCCAUGUGAGUCCCUAUGGCCCAUCGAGGCCAGAAAUGCAGCCAUUGCAAAUCACUGCUUCACCUGUGCCAUCAACCGCGUCGGUGAGGAGCACUUCCCCAAUGAGUUUACCUCCGGAGAUGGGAAGAAAGCACAUCAGAACUUUGGCUACUUCUAUGGCUCCAGCUACGUGGCGGCUCCAGACAGCAGCCGGACUCCUGGGCUCUCCCGAAACCGGGACGGAUUGCUGGUAGCCGAGCUUGACCUCAAUCUGUGCAGGCAGAUGAAUGAUGUCUGGAACUUCAAGAUGACAGGCAGGUAUGAGAUGUAUGCUCGGGAGCUUGCCGAAGCAGUCAAGCCCAACUACAGCCCCAAUAUCGUGCGAGAGUUGCUGACCUAUAGCUCCAGUUCACCCAGGAAGGAUGCCUCUGCCGCAGAUUAA